AUGCCUGUCAAAUCAGAUAUGAAAGACAAAACGCCACAAUCAGAAGCAAAAGAUAAAUCUAAGAAAGGAAGAUACAGCCUGAAGAAAUUGUUAGACCGUAGCCGUUUCUCACCUAGUUUACUCUUUUUAUCAAAAUCUUUCGCGAGUAAAUCAACUGAAACACCAAAUGAUGAACAGCGUAAAUCUGUUCAUGAUGAUAUGAUGGAAAUCAAUGCAAAUAUUGAAACUUCAGCUUCUUCAUCACCACAUUCCUAUUCCCCUAAUUACAGAAGGCGGUUAACAGCUUCUGUUCCAUUCGAUCGUUCCUCUGGUUCACCGAUAAUUACUAGUACAGCGUUUCGAAAUCCUGCUUGUGGUAGUGGUCAUGCAAGUCCUAAUUCAGAAUUUAUUGUUGAAGAAGAAUAUGAAGAGUCUUUAGUACAAUUUGCUGAUAUUAUAUUAGAUGGAUUUAAAAGUCGAUCAAAUCCAAGUUCAAGAAAAUCUCCAGACACUUUUUCUGCUUGGUCUGAUGCUGCUUUGCCAAUUAGACAUGCUGUACCUAUACAUUGCACAUCAGUACCAUUCACUUGUCGUAGUGGUGUUGAUAUGCAUCAUCAACAGAAACAACACAGUCAACAACAUGUACAACUGACUGAAACACCUGAUAUUACACCACCACCGACUAAUUUCGGUUCUUAUGAAAAAUCAUGUAAAAAUAACACUAUCAACUUUAAAGAUACUGGAAAUAUUCUAGGCAAUAUCAAUCCAACUGGAAUAUAUAAUGAACCGUGUGAUGCUAAACCCACUGUAGAUACAGAUGAUCCAGUAACAAUUUAUACAACCAGGAAUGCUGUGAUGAAAAUUACACCCAUUGGGGUCAAUCAUUUUGAAAACAGUCUACCCACCAAUGACAAUUGUAGCCAUCAUGUUGACCAUCAUGACUGUGGUUGUACUCAACAUCAUGUUAACUCGUUGGAGACAACACCAACAGCCAGCACGCCUUUACUUCCUUCAACAAUAAAAACAACGACAGAAUCACUUCAAGGUAAUCAUUCACCAUCACCUAUCUCUUGUAUCACUCCUUUGGUGAAUACUAGUGAAAUUCAUGUGAUCAGUAACUCCGUUGGCAUUCAAUCGAAAAGUAAUAAUAAUAAUUCACAAUCUAGUGUUUGCUUUGCCAGUUCACCUCGUGGUAACACUGUUAUUACACAUCACCCAGCUAGCCCUUUUGCACGUGUUCCUCGUGGUCCAAUUCUGAAGAAUGAAAUAAAUUCAAAAGUACCAAUGCAGUCAGUACAAUCAUCAGCAUUCAAGGCCAGUAUCACUUCAACACCUGUCACAGCAACUGCCACCACCACCACCACCAUCGUUGCUAUUAAUACUACCAGUUACUCUGACAAUGUCUCUUCUGCUAACACCUCCAUGGUUGGUUUAUCGCCUGUUCAGACUGAAUUUUCGCUGAAUUCUUCUGACUCUUCGUCAAAACAACCUUUUCACAUAAAUGGAAGUCGAGAAACGAAUGUUUUGUGUAAUGAGUCUAACCAGCUAAGACAUGGAGAAGAUAAAAUCAAAUCGGUUAGUACUCAAAGUCCUGUAAAUAACCGAAAUAAUCCAAUGGGAUCAGGACGUACACGUUCCAGUGUAUGCAGUUCUUAUCCAACUUAUGAAGAAGCUUGGGAUUUAAAAUUAGCUCGUCAAUUGGGGAUUGGUGUAUCACGUUUACCGUCUAUUAUUCCAAUUUCGUCAACUAUUCCAAAUUAUGUUCCAUCUCUUCCUUCUAUUCCAUCUGAUGUUACAGUUGUAGAUAGAUCAUCUGUUAUUUUAGGCCAAGAUAAUCAGCGAAAUGUAAUAUCUCCUCAAUCUUUAUCACUUUAUAAUAGAGAACAGUUGAAUGAAAGAAAAUCUAUCCUCCUUUCUAAUGAUUCACAUUCAAUAGAAUCUAAUUUAAAAUUACUAAAUGUUACAUCUUCAGAUGAUAAGUUAACAAAAUUGACUAACAAUAAUUCAGAAGUAUUAAUUAAUGAUGACGUAAAUGAUGAUGGUGAUAAAAAUCUUGUUUGUAAUUCCAAAGAAAUAACUACCGGUCAAUUGAAUCGAAAAUCAGCUAAUGGUGGUGGUGGUAGUGGUAUCAAUCGAUUAUUUUAUCAUAAUGAACAUUCACAUUUGAGUUCACAUUCUAGUCAUAUGGCAAAUGGGAAAACAGAUUUGACAGAGAACAAUGGGGAAUACGAUUAUGCUUACAAUGGUUCAUGGAGUAUGGGCGUUAAGUUCAAUUUAAAUCUGGCCAUUAACAACUCUUCUAAUGAUUCUUCGGUCAUACCGAUUACACCAAAAUAUACGAAUACAAUGACAACAGCAUUAACUAAAACUGUCAAAUCAAAUCAGGCUGAUAUUCAAUCAAGUAUUCAUUAUCCCGGUUCAAGUAAUCUUUUUCAUCCAACUUCCUCCGCUCCACCAAUUAUUCCAUCUCAUCAUCGUCAACAUCAUCAAUUACAGCAUGGAUUAUCUUCUAGUCAAUCACAUCAAUCUACUAGAUUAAAUUCAGUUAAAAAUGAAGAUGAUUUCAAAUGUAAACCAAUAAGUCAGCCGGUUAUAUCAAAUGAUUUGGAUAGUGUUUCAACAGACAGUUGUGAUGAAUCUUGGGAUACUCGACAUGGUCAACUAGUCUCUGAACUGAUGCGUGGACGUUUUAUAGAUCCUUCAGUGAUUAUUCCAACUACUGGUAAAGUGACCAAUACAAUACCAGCAGUAACAACAAUGGCAAUGAAUCCUGAAUCCUCUUGUCUACCCGAAACAAAUAUACUCGCAGUUCCUAAUCCAGCAUCAUCUUCAUCCUGCACCUCAUCAUCUCUGUCAUCGUCGUCGUCGUCCUCCUCUUCGUCCUCUACUUCUACAUCAUCGUCAACAUCACAUGUUAUUCUAUCUUCUCCUCCUCUUCCUUCUUCUCAAUGUACGAAUUCUGUAUCUGACCAGUUUACAACAUCUAGUGGAUUACGUUACCCACUGAAUAAGGUGAAGGCAUUAUCUAGUCAACAUAAUUUGCCGAAAGGUUUACCUGCUAAUUUGGAAACAUUACCGCUUGAAGAACAACUAUGGUUUCAUCCGUCGCUAACACGAUCUGAAGCUGAAGAGUUGAUCCGUAAUGAACCAGAAGGUAGUUUUCUUGUUCGUCCCAGUGAAACAUGUCCAAAUGACUUCUCGUUAACAAUCAAACAUAAAUCUUUUUUACAUAUGAAAAUAUCAAGAAAUAGUGCUGGCCAGUUUAUUCUAGGUGAAUACAGUCAACCGUAUACAAGUGUAUCACAAAUGAUUUAUCAUUAUGCACGAACACUUGUCCCAGUACUCGGUGCCUAUUCAGUUACAUUGACUCAUCCUGUAUUUAAAAGAACUUAA